CACUACAAUUUAUUGGAAAGUUUGUGUUGUUGUAGUUAAACAUUAAUUAAAUUAUAUUAGUUAAUACAGACAGUGUAACCCAAACAAAGGGUAGCACAAAGGACAACAAAGUUCUCGAAAAUUGCGGCAUUCCAAUAGAGUGAGAAGAGAGAAGCAACAGCAGUAGCAGCACCAGCCACAACACAACAACAACAAUAAAUAAAAGAAGGGAAAGACCAGCACUACACCACAAGAAACCCGUUUGUACAAAGGGGGGCGUCUACCACAAUUGCAAUUAGAGCUUCUACUGCAGCAUCAGAAUGAUGGUUGAGGAUGGGACCGCCGAUGCGACUCGCCGUUUGAAUGUGAAAAAACAAACACUGGACGAUGCGUACGCGGUGCCGGCCAAUUUCCUUGAAAUCGACGUGGUCAAUCCACUGACCACGAUGGCGGCGGGCAAGAAACGGUACACGGACUAUGAAGUUCGUAUGAGAACCAACUUGCCGGUUUUUAAAGUGAAGGAGUCCAGUGUAAGACGACGAUACAGCGAUUUUGAAUGGCUGAGAAAUGAGCUGGAACGGGACAGCAAAAUUGUUGUGCCCCCGCUGCCGGGCAAAGCUUGGAAACGACAAAUGCCAUUUAGGGGAGAUGAGGGCAUCUUCGAUGAAAAUUUUAUCGAGGAGCGGCGCAAGGGUUUGGAGGCGUUCAUUAACAAAAUAGCUGGCCAUCCACUGGCGCAAAAUGAAAGGUGCCUGCAUAUGUUCCUGCAGGAGAAUGUCAUCGAUAAGAACUACGUACCCGGCAAGAUACGCAACACAUAAGUGAUCAAUUGUGAGGGCCAAAACCAACCACAUCAAUGCAAUGACUCGAACGAACAAUUUAGGGAGGAAGAGAGGACAAUGGAAGUGGAAUCUGAAAAUGAUAAUGAUGAUGAUGGGAACUGCUCAGUUAAUGUUGAGCCUCUAGUUGAAGUGUUGGGAAUUUUUAUGCAAAUGCUAAAUUCAAGUUUAUAUGCAAUAGUAUACAUAAAAUAUGAAAUAUAUGUAUAUAUACAUACAUAUACAUUUAUUAUAUACACGACAAAUGUAUACAUAUAUAUAUAUAUACCGAAUAGUGUACAUAAUAAUACAUAAAAUUGUCAAAUAUUUCGUGGCAGGCUUCUCCCCUGCUCAUUACUUAAAAUUUUGGAGCGUGCCGCAUUUGACGCGUGGCCCCUAACGCUCACGGCCUGCCUCUGCCCCCUUCCCCUGCCCCUGUUAUCCCCACUCAUUACCAUUAGUUGUUCUGUGUAAAAUUUGAAUUAUUAUUGUUUUUCAAAUUGCAGCAGUAAAUUCCCCUCCAUCAUCAUAUACAUACCUACAUAAUAUUGUAUAAAACAAAAAAAAACCUAACAAUUAUUGAAUAUUUUGAAUCAAUUUAGUGAAUAAUAUUGUACUUCGAAUCAAAUUAAAAUAAUUCCAAUGUA